GGGAAAAGUAUGAAUAUUAGGGUUUGCAGGGUUUAGCGGGGACAGAGCGGCGGAAGAGAGGAGGACGAGUUCGGCGAUGGGGAAGACGUCGUACGUCAGGCUGAAGGGGAGCCGCCAGUUCCGGCAGCGUCUCCUCCUUUCGACGCUUUCCUCGACCCCGAUCCUCGUGGAGGAUAUUCGCUCGGACGACACCUCGCCGGGGCUCCGGCCUCACGAGGUUUCCCUCCUCCGCCUCAUCGAAAAGGUCUCCGACGACUGCACCGUUGAGAUCAACGAGACCGGGACGAAACUGAGGUAUAAGCCGGGAGUUCUUAUGGGAGGGAAGUAUUUAGUGCAUGACUGUGGUCUCAACCGCUCCAUGGGAUACUUCCUCGAGCCGCUGAUCUUGAUCGGCCUGUUUGGCAAGAAGCCCCUCUCAAUUAGGCUCAAAGGGAUCACAAAUGAUUCUAAGGAUCCAUCUGUUGAUACCUUUCGGACAACAACAUUGCAUAUGCUCAAGCGUUUUGGUGUCCCUUUAGAAGGACUGGAGUUGAAAAUUGAGAGCCGGGGGGCUCCUCCUCUUGGUGGUGGGGAGGUUGUUCUGGGGGUUCCGAUUGUACCAAACAGCUUGACCGCAGCCCAUUGGGUUGAUGAAGGAAUGGUUAAGAGCAUUAGAGGGGUGACAUUCUCGACACGAGUAUCUCCGCAGAUUGCAAAUCGUAUGAUAUAUGCAGCUCGUGGAGUCUUCAAUCGCUUCAUUCCUGAUGUUCAUAUCUUUACGGACCACAGAUCUGGUCCAGCUGGUGGAAGAUCACCAGGCUAUGGCUUAUCAUUAGUUGCAGAAACUACUUCAGGCUGCUUAAUUUCUACAGACGUUGCAAUAAGCUAUCCUAAAGCUGACGAGACAGAUGUCAUGGAAGAUUCUGAGGAGAAGCCAGAGAUGUUGCCUCCUGAGGAUGUUGGUGUCCAAGCUGCUUCGAUGUUACUUGGGGAGAUAGAGCACGGGGGUGUAGUUGAUUCAACACACCAGGGCUUGCUCUUUCUCCUCUGUGCUCUAUGCCCCCCAGAUGUAUCCAAGAUUCGUGUCGGGAAGCUAACACCAUACGGGAUAGAGACUCUUAGAAAUAUCAGAGAUUUUCUUGGUGUCAAAUUUGUUAUAAAGCCUGAUCCAACUACGAACACGGUAAUACUGAAAUGCGUUGGAUGUGGGUUGAAGAAUCUUUCAAGAAAGAUAGCGUAAGCUGUGGAUACCAUUGAGGAAUCAACCAAGUUUUGGACGCUCUUUGGUUGUCUCCAGACAUGUAUUAUCAUAUCCUCUGGAAUUAGUAGUUUGAUGAAAUUAUAUUCGAGUGAUCACGACACCCAGCAGGCUGAUCUUUUCUGUGAGAUUUUUUGUGGGUUGAUUUUGUAAUUUAUUUCCUAAUAGUUUGAUUUAGUUAUCUUUUUAACCGUUGAAAGGAUGAAUUCAUUGUUUGAAGAAGUA